CAGAGCAUGAUUUGCGUAACUCCUUCCAAUAUAUCCUUAAGCUGUUAGUUUGUGCUUCCCGUGCUAGACCCUAACUCCCCGCCCCUUAGCCUAGAUAAUGAAGGUUAAACGUGACAGAGAAGAGCCAUGCUACAUCUGCAAUCAUUAUCACGACCAUGAGAAUGGGGAGCCAUGCGCGAUCUGUGGGCACGUGAUGAGCCAAGCGGAGCGGCGACAACUGGAGCAUACAGUGCUCCCCACGGCCGUCAUCCCGGGAAGCCUGUACUUGGGGAGCUAUGACACGGCGUCCCGAUCAGAGCUGCUUAAGGCUAUGGGCAUCACGCACAUCUUAAACACAUGGCCCAACAACCCCGCCCUGUUCAAAACCAGCUUCACCUACCACACCGUAUCUUCCACGCCAGUCGACUUUGCAGAGUGCAACGAGUUCAUAGAUGGCGUCGUCAGCACCAGCCAGAAGGUGCUCGUGUACUGCAUGACGGGCGUGUCACGGUCGCCCUCCGUGGUGAUUGCGUACCUCAUGAAGCACCGGGGCUGGCGGUUAGCGGAGAGCUACAAGUGGGUCAAGGACAAGCGGCCCAGCAUCAACCUCAAGGAGGAGGACGCCAAGCGGCUGAUGGAGUACGAGGUGCAGCUGCACGGGAGCUGCUCGGCACCGCUGGGGCUGGCGGCACUGAACAGCGCUUCCACCUUCGGGCAGCAACCGCAAGCGGGCCAGGCGCCCGCUCAGGCACCCGAGCCCGCAGCCGGGCCCUCCUCCUCGGGACCCACAUUCGGCGCUCAGGGUGGGCAACCCGCUUGGAGCCUGACCGGCGCGGCGGCACCCGCGGGGGGCUUCCGUUUCGGAGGUGGCGCCACCGAUGUAGCGCCCCCGCAACAGCAACAACAGCAGCAGCUAGGAGGGCAAGCAGGCGGCGGCAACCCGUUUGCGGCGAAUGUACGGCAAGCCGCGGAGGGCGGAAAUGACAUGGAGAUGGGGGGUUAGGGGCUGAGGGUGAAGGGAACGCACUGGGGAGGAGCAUGUAUUGCAUGUGGGUGGGAGAGCGUGAGUGUUAGGGGAUUGAGCAGGAGGGUGGAGGAUGGGUAGAGGGAACUGGUGGGUUGGCAAGCCGACUGUGGGAUUUGUUUGGUUGGUUGGUGAUGUGUGCUGGCUGCAAAACGUUUGUGGAGAUGGGGGUUAUGAAGCGGACGAGGUAGUAUGCUGGGCCUUUGGGGUAUAGGUCUUUCGGGGAAAAGAAAAGAAUGCAGCGAGGGGUACUGGAUAUUUGUAGAAGAGCGUAUUCACUAGGGGUUGCACUGCACGAAGUAGAUGUUACUGGUCAUUCUGGUGGUGUGUAUUUGUGGACGACGUGCCGUCCACGUGGCACCGGGGGAUGUGUUCCUGUUUUCAGGAUUGUGACUUCGAGCACACCGGUAGUCGUUGAUUGGGGCUACAGGCGUUGGUGUUUGAGGCCAACGCCUGUAGCCUGCGUGCAAGCUUCAGCUGAUGGAGACGAGUAAAGGGAUGAUGCCAUUUGGCGAACUCACCUGACAGGGAUGCCACGAUGGCUCCGUAGACAUCCGCUGGUACGUUCAAAAGCUGGCGGCCAAUAGCAAGGUUCCUAAGGCAUCCAGAGAUAUGCUUGCAUACAUGGAAAUGUGUGACGAGUCCCAUAGGCGGUACCCUGCAGUUUCAGGCCCGCCCAGGUCGUACUCAUUGCCUUGAAUAAAAGCGCCACGGAAACCGUCCUACGUUCAAGACUAAGCAUCUUUGUAAGUAUUCAAAGUAUCAUCACACAACGAAGAAGCCGCAACGAAGAAGUACGUAGCUUCCUACAACCUCACAGCCAAUGCUUCGGCACAGGCAUACGCCUCGCACCUCUUCUAGGUCUACAAAAGAACCAGCUGUCCUGUGCCCCUUGAGAGCACGACGCGGUUGUGCACCGUUGGCGCAGCCCGUGGAAAAGCGCCUUCCCUUGGCCUCUGACGGGACUCUGCUAACGUGGUCUCGGCCGCUCGCACCUCCUCUUCAAUAUGCUCCUAGCUAUGCCAAUGCUGGCGUUGUUGAGCGUGUCGAGUCGGAGAAGGAGCUCUUACCACUCCCACGGAACCUGGAGUCACCUGUUGAUGACCCGUCACUGGCAAACCCGCUUCAGCGUAUGGAAAGGCUUUCAACGGGCUGGUUCGGUGUUAUAAUGGAAUACGAGGGCGUUGUUGUCGAGGCUUCUGAAGAGGCGCACAGGCAAGCCUGGCUGCAGGUGGCGGACGAGUUCGGCUACAAGCGGCCGCUGGGACAGGAGCUCCGUCGCAUCAAGGGCGCGCGCGACGAGGUCGUCGUCUCGCGCGUAUUCCGGUGGACGCACAACACCAGCAUCGCUCGUCAAGUAGCACAGCGGAAAGGGCAAAUCUACGACCAGGUCCUUGGCGGCAGGCAGCCCGCGGUGAUGCUGGAAGCGCGGCCAUUCCUUGAAACUUUAAAACGCAACAGCAUCCCCGUCUCGCUCGCAACGCCCUUGCAUGAAGCUAAGGUGCAGGAAGGCCUGCAGCGGCACAACCUGCAGUCCUACUUUGACGCGCUGGUUACUGCCGAGGACAGCGGCUCAGCUGAGAUUGAGUACUACUACGCCUACGCGGCUAGCAAAAUCCAGCGGCCGCCGCUUCGAUGCGUUGUUGUGGGCGAGUCAAACACCAGCGUGGAGGCUGCGCACGAGCUGGGCAUGAAGUGCGUCGUCGUGACGGGCAACGCUCCAGUGUACGACUUCACUGGAGCUGACCUUGUCGUACGCAACCUCUCGCAGCUGUCGUUCAUGAACAUGAAGCGCCUGUUUGCGGAGGAGAGCCUCGUGGAGUCGCGGCUAGGCGACGAGGACGCGCGGGGGCGCGAGGAGUUGGACGAUGUGGAGGAGGACGAUUACAUGGAUAACGACGACGAGGGCUUCCUGCCCAUGUCGGGCGGCGGGUUUGGGCGGUGGUGAGAAUUGUGGGUCUUUGUGGGGGUAGCGUCCUAGGGUAAGCUAGGAGAAGACGUGUUGUGCGAGCAUGUGAGAUGUUGUCGCACAUGACUCGUUGUUGAUCUUGAGGGUACACGAAAAGCAUGAAGGGCGUGCGCGUAACAGUGUUUUGCUUGAGCAUGCGCAGUUAACCGCCCAUGCAUAGCUGGUGGGCAGAUUGCAACAGCACCCUGAGAAGAUGUCCGAGAGGCGUGGCAUAUGUGUGUGGGCUAGCGCACCUAACCACGCCGGUGGUGCAUGGCCUUUCUUGGGUUGGCGCAUACUUCGUAUUGUGGUUGGCAACAAAUGCACCUAAAUAUCAAUGGGUCGGUGCCGUUUUAUCCCGUUAAUUUCAAACCGUCUGUCGUUGCAAAGCUCUUGAGCUUUUGAGCAAGAGUAAGGGCGGCAUGUGUACCACUAGGCGUGCUGUUUCGUUGAUGGCAAGGUGUCUGCAUACUCUUUUGCCGCGGCGCCUGCUGCAUCAAGGCAUCCACUGUACAUUAGUCUUUACCUGAUUGCCGACAAAAGACCUUUAAUAUGUUGUUGCUUUAUUCUUUUCGAAAAUUGGUUUUCAGCUUUCGUUUUGUGGCUGGGUGAGGUAUAGGAUAGCAGCUGUUUUGCGACAACGACUUAGCGCUGUAGGCAAUGGCGCAAUUUGUGAAGAGGUCUAUAUUUCGCCGGCACGUGCUCAUGCGGGGUGCAACGAAAGCUGUGACUGCCGAUGCAGUUGUACUUUGUGCUGUUUGUUGGUUGGUCGAGGUGUGGAGGCCGCAAUGUAUGAUGGCCCCCGUCACUAGCUUGGGCCAUUGGUACAGGCGGGUUCUGUUUGAUUUCUGGUUGUAUCUGAAAGCGCUUAGGCGGCGGGGCAAGCGAUUUACAUCAGGGGGUGAUCCCGGUGAAGGAAAGCGUGGAGAAGAUUGAACUGGCUUUACGCCGGGUUUUCCGUACCCCAUGUUCACGACCAUGCCGGCUCGUGCUGUAGUGCGCAUGCAGACUUAAGAGGGCGAAUCCCAUGUAAAGAGUAACACGCG